UGACACGUUAAUGAUCAACCAGGGUUAUUGAAGGAAGAGACAGAGUUCAGUCAGAUAGAAAAAGGAACUUCAGCCAUUUUGACCGCACAUUUCCCUGCUUAAAUUUCAGGUAUGGAGCAAGAACGGGAAUAAUCAGCAGACAAGGUCCUGAGGUGGAGGAAAUAAUGCCAUGGUAACCCUAAACCAUUUAAGUGUAGAAGAUCCAGAUGGUGGCGCUCCUCUGCUUCCUGUGGCUGCAGAGACAAUGACACCUACACCUGUGCCUCACCAUCAGAAAGCCGCUUUAAAGACUGGAAGAGACUUUUUCCUAAGCAGGAAGGAGAAUUACACCUUGAGCCUGCUACUUUUGAUCGGAUGCUACUCUGUGAUUCUGUUUCCUGCAUAUUUCCCCUUAAAUAAUUUGUCAUCAGACGACAAUGACUACCAGGAUCCCAAAGAUCUGCUCUUAUUUAAUCGAUCAGCACUCUUGCUUUCACAACCCUGUCAACCUCGCCUGGGUCUGGACCACCUCGAGAUGCUUGCCUGUUCUAAGGGCCUUGUGAACCUCCCGGUUUUUGUACAAGAGCACAGACCUGGGACAUGGAAUGAGGCCCCUCCUGGGGGGUUCCAAGGGGCUGAAGAACAUUUGGCCCUGGCCCUUGCCUCUAUGCCUCAGCCCGGACUGCCUCUAUCUCUGAGUAAAGAAGGCAGGUGCAGGCGCUGUGUGGUGGUGGGGAGUGGAGGUGUUCUUCAUGGUAGCCAUCUUGGAUCUCACAUAGAUCAGUAUGAUGUCAUUAUCAGGCUGAACAAUGCCCCUGUGCAUGGAUUUGAGAGAGAUGCUGGAUCACUCACCACCAUCCGCCUAAUGUACCCAGAGGCAGCGCCUCAUUCAGCUGAUGAGUACAAAAACACAGCCAUGAUAGCUCUGGUGGUCUUUAAAAACUUGGACUUGGAUUGGCUGACCUCUGUCAUCACCAAGCAGCCUCUGAGUUUCUGGUCCAAAAUGUGGUUCUGGAGGGAGGUAGUAGAUGAUAUCCCGCUGAAACCAGAAAGCUUCAGGAUCCUCCAUCCAGAUAUCAUUCAUAAGACGGAGCAAGUCUUACAGAAAUAUGCCCAGAAACAGGGAAACACGUCAGGAGGCAGACGCUGGCCAACAUCAGGUGCCAGUGCUGUGGUGAUGGCUCUGCAGCUGUGUGACCAGGUCAGCCUCGCAGGGUUUGGAUACAACAUGCAGCACCUAAAGGCCAGGCUGCACUACUACGGGGCGGUGCGCAUGGAAACCAUGAAAGCUCAAGUGGUGCACGAUGUUAGUGCUGAAAAACUCUUCCUGGGGGACCUGGUGGCUGCAGGCGUGGUGACCGACCUCACGGGAGCUCUUUAAGUGAAUCCACUGAACUCCGCAUUGUGCUCCCCAUUCUGGGUGUGAGUUGCUGCAGAGUCCUCUAAUAUCAGCUGUGUGCACAGCUCACCCAACAGCAAGGACUGACCUUUAAACGCUCCAAGCCUGAAUGCCAAAGCAAGGACUGUAAAUGUUAAAAGGCUGCAAAAACUAACUUAAGGAAUUUCAUUUCAUUUAAAUUCAAGCUGAAUUUCGAAAAUAAAAAACACAGUAUGAAUAACAAAGAUAUAUUUCAUUUGAAUUACGAUAGAACACUGAUACCCUUGAUGUUUA